AUGUCACGGUCGUUUGUCGGGAACAGUUUUAAGAUAUUACAGGUAUUACACGGCCAUACAAGUGAUGUUACCAGCUGUGAUUUUGUCUCACCUUCAACUAUAGUUACAGGAUCCAGCGAUAAAACGGUACGAGUGUGGGAUUGGAAAGUUGGAUCAGGCUACGAAGAAAGAUCAUCAUCUCCUUUAAGAGCUCACAAAUAUCAAGUCACGUGCGUAAGGGUCUCACCGCAAGGUUCCUUAUUAGCCAGUUCUUCUGUAGAUGGAACUGCGAUAAUAUGGAGUAUGCACAACUGUGUUAAACUUUAUACGAUAACACAAGUUAAUGGAGAUGCUAUACGUGUAUGUAGUAAGGCUAUGAGUAUCAUGAACAGUUUUGUAAAUGAUAUUUUCGAAAGAAUUGCUGCUGAAGCUUCCCGUUUAGCUCAAUAUAAUAAACGGUCAACAAUUACUAGCAGGGAAAUUCAAACCGCCGUACGUUUAUUACUUCCAGGAGAAUUAGCUAAACACGCCGUCAGUGAAGGUACCAAAGCUGUUACUAAAUAUACAAGUUCUAAGUAA